UCCAUGUCAAAAAGGCCGGCAUCUUUCACUAGCUUUUCUCUUCUGAAAAGAUCACCAAUUGUUUAUCCAGUAGCGGCCUAAUUAGUAAACGCCACAUGUGUCGCUAACCACCGUGCUUGAUUCCGAGUGGUGCCGUCACCGUUCUUGUCUCUCUGUCUGUCUGUAUCUACUUAAUUAUUUUUCGAUUGGUUUAGCUCUCUUAUUAAAUUCUGAUGGUGGUUCCACUGUUUGGCUCUUGUUUUGGAUUUAGAUCCCACUGAUUGGCUGUUAUUGUCUUGAUUCGUUAUUGUUCCUUUCAACUGGUGUACCCUGUCCAUGUGUGUGAUCACUGAUCAGUAGUUGAGUAGUUCAGUACUCAUGUGUGAGUUCUUUCUGUACCUUCGGAAAUUUCGAGUUAUUACCAACACAGGCUGUUGCAUCUCUUGUAGCUGGAAAGGUGAGCUUGCAAGAUGAUGGACGACUCUUCAACCAGGCGCCAUGUUUCUGAGGGGAAUCACCUAGGUUAUGUAAGAAGCGAAUCCAUGGAUUCUACUGGUCAUCCUUCAGCUGCUAGGUCCUGUUCAGGGCUAAGUAGGAGAAGCAGCAGGCACAGUUCAAGGGGGUCCAUCAGCAUGUCCCGCGAGAUGGGUGACUCGAUACUGAGCUCAAUGAGGCAUUCUCUUCAGUCAGCAGACCAAUUGCUAGGUGAUACCGAUAGCUCAGUUUUGGCUCAGGUCAUUGACAGCGGUGACCGAGUGCUAGUGUUGGAAGACUAUGCCAAUGAAGAUACUGCAAAUAUCUUGGACCAACAUAAGAUUGGUCCUCUCCCAGAUGAUACUGCGAAACAAAUCUGUGGUAACAGUUCACAUGGCACAGGUUUGCCAGUACCUGAAACUUCGGUGGAUCCAAAGCAUGCGAGUUCAUCAAUCAAGGUUGAACAGUAUACACUUUCUCGGAGGCUUGAUUAUGCUUCUUAUUUGAUCCAUUUAGCCACCUUUGGAUUUUUUGGGGUAUUUACGAGGUAUGGUCUCCAAAAGCUGUUUGGCCCAGGAUGCCUGGAACUCACCUCAAACCAAAGCCCACUGUACCUUGAUCUUCCAUCAAACAUGUUAGGAUCUUUCCUGAUGGCCUGGUUUGGGAUCAUUUUCAAGACUGAUAUUCGGCACAUAUCUGAUCAUCUUAUUGUUGGAAUCACAACCGGUUACAUGGGAUGCCUCACCACCUUCAGUGGGUGGAACCAGGCAAUGAUUAGCAUGUCUUCCAAAGGUCACUGGGCAUAUGCUAUAGCUGGCAUAUUAUUAGGAAUUUUCAUUGUCAAUGAGUCCAUUAGGGUGGGUGCCGAAACAGGUGAGCGCCUGCGAAGCUGUAUCCUGAAAUGCAUCAAGGAAAAUAGUUCAAUAGGAAGCAAAUGUGUCUGGGAGAACUUGAGAGUGGACACCAGGACUAAACACUAUGUGAUUAUAGUAGUUAUGAUGAUUUUGCUUUCUUUCUUAUGGGUUCUGAGCAUCGUGUUGGCCGCAAUAAAGUUGGGUAGUCUUACUGACGGUGCUGUACUCUGGUUGGGGUGCUCAGUCGCGCCUCCGGGUGUUUGGUUACGGUGGUACUUGGCAAGGCUCAACGGCCAGGGAAUUGGCAAACAGAGAUCCCUCAAAUGGCUACCCAUUGGGACACUUGCAGCUAAUGUUCUUGCUGCAGGCAUCAUGGCGGCGCUUGCUGUGACUGACAAAGCGGUAAAUACAAAGCAAUCAACAGCUGUUCUUAAUGGUAUACAGUUCGGUUUCCUCGGUUGCUUGAGCACAGUGUCUACUUUUGUUGCCGAAAUCUAUGCCAUGAGAAGCAGCGGACAGAUUGGUAGAGCCUUUGUAUAUGCCACGGCGACCUUCAUGCUCUCUUUCAUGCUGGGAACUCUGGUAUACUCAGUGCCAGUGUGGGUCAAGCAUUACCAAUAGCUUCAUGAACUAUACACAUAGUUGGAGGAUUUAGUGUCCUGUUGUAAUUCACAACAUCCAAGCAGAUAAUGCAAUUUGCAAUAUACAAAGUUAGGCUUGCCAAGGAUAUAUGUCUGAUUCUUUCAUAUAUUUGAUGUACAUAGUAAAACAUGAUGGCGUUUUGUAGCAGAAACAUGCUAUGCGCUCCUGCCUGAAAAUAUUCCAAUGUAUAUCUGAGAUAUAUGUGAAAUGUAUGUAUCAUCUUUGACAAGAGAAAAAUGAUGUCUGCUUGUUUUUCAUUUCA